UCGGAGGAGCGCGUUCCAGAGUCGGAGAUCAAGACUGAGCCGGAUAUGGACAUAGGGAAAACUUGCGUGGAAGAGGCCAAGAAGCUGUAUGACAUCAGCCGGCUGCGAGCGUUUGGCAGUGUGCCUUUUUUUAUAAAGCGCCUGGAGCUCAAAGACUUUCCGCUAAGCUAUCACAAGGCUCUGUGCCUCGUCGAGAGGCUGCUUGCGUGGCUGCGACGCAAUAAGGUGCCAAAUGGAAUUGGGAUUGGCUUUCGCAUUGCCCAAAAUAUGCCAUCUUCGUGCCUUUUGAUACUGGCAAUUCUCAAUCACAAAUGCCACUUCUUUGCCACUGACAAAAUGCUGCUGUCAAAGGCUCUGCAUGGCCAAAUGUGCGCCGCUGGUGUGGAUUAUCUGGUGGUCUGCGGGCACAUGUCCGUAGGCGUUAUAUACUUUGAGCGUAUCGACAUCUUUUUGGUCUACAACGAGGAGUACAAGCUGUUCAAGCUUAAACACACUCCAGACGAUCCUCCAGCACAAGCGAAGAAGCCUCUGCCGGCCAACAUGUGCUACACAAUCACGACAACUGGGACGACAGGAACUCCCAAGCUGAUUCACGUACCCUAUGAAUGUAUUGCCUCGAAUGUAGUGGCACUCAGCCAGAAGCUGAACGUCUCCAUGGCCGACAUCAUCUACUUGGGCACACCCUCCACCUUCGAUCCCUUUGUUGUGGAACUCUUUCUGGCACUGCAAACAGGAGCCUCCUUGCUGAUCAGCCACCAGACGAUGAGCGAAGCGCCAUCGAAGGUGCUAAAUGCGAUCUUCCCCAGGAGUAUGUCCGCGCCGGGCAUUACCAUACUGCAGAUGACGCCAUCGCUGUUCAGGCAAUUCGGAGCGACUGCAAUACGGGAACGAAUCCUCACCAACGCCAGCACAUUAAGAGUGCUUCUGCUUGGUGGUGAACAGUUUCCCUCCAGUGCAGAGCUAAUCACGUGGAUGGAUCCGAGUGUCCUGCUGCAGAAACACAUUUGCAACAUCUACGGCAUCACAGAAGUCUCUUGUUGGAGUCUAAUGCACAUUUUACAUUCCCUGCAAAUGCAAAUGCCACUCGGCACACCCAUCGAUGAUGAGACGGUGGUGCGGGUCCAAUACCAGAGCGAUCGGAAUAUGCAGCACGGAGAACUCUUCAUAGGCAGCGCCACCCGACGUUGCUAUAUUCCAGAAAUCGAUGACGUAGAGGUUGUAAAAGAAGACUCUGACAUUUGCUUUCGAUCCACUGGUGAUUUGGUUAUCCGCUUAGAGGAUGAAUCAAUAUGCUACGGCGAGCGUGCCAAUGAUGUGGUGAAGCGUGCCGGCAAUCGCAUUAGUUUGGGCUUAAUCACUCGUAAGAUUGAAAAAUGUCUGCCCAGCGGAGAGCUGGCUACUUGCCUGUGGCUCGAGCAACUUCAGAAGCUCAUAUGCUGCAUACGUACGUUGGAGAUUAAGACAAAGGUACAGCAGCGUGCCCAGACUUUCGAUAUACUUUCCAAGCUAUUGAAUGAGGAGCAACCAGACAGAUUUGUCUAUCUGCAGCACUUCCCCUGCAAUGUUCAUGGCAAACUGGACAAGGAACGGCUGCUCAAGGAGUGCAUACCGCUGGCUCAGCCUGCACAGGAAAUAUUAAAGAGUUUCCUGCAGGACAGACUGGAAUGUGUGGACGCAUCGAGUGAGAAAGCGAUCAAGAAGGCACGGCUGGAGGGCAGCCAACCGUGUGGCUAUGAGCUGAGCUUUCGCCAGGCGGGUGGCACCUCCUUCCAUGCCAUCACAAUUUGUCGGGAGAUUGGCCUGCAAAUGUGUAUCGAUGAUGAGCAGCGACACGUGUUCGAGAUGCUCCUUGACGAGAAUGUUCCUCUGCGCACAGUUCUACGUUUCCUCGACACGGCAAAGCUUGUGGCAAAUAAUACCAAACUGAAGCCGAUUGAGCCGCGGGGAAACAAGACGGCAACCGGGGCAAGUGGAAGCAGAGGCACCUGUGGUCUGACCAUCGCCAGCUUCGAGCAGCCGGAGAUCAGGUUCCAGAUUUAUUGGAAGGUCAACUUCGGCAAGUGCAUCGAUUCGCCCGUGACGCAGUACGAGGGACGCUACGUCUGCGUGGGCUCACAUUCCCAUAUACUGCGCACCUUGGAUCCUCAAACAGGCAUCGAGCAGAGCAGCCUGCAACUGCCGGACCGGAUUGAGUGCAAAGUGACAUUCCUCAGUGAGCAGCUGGCCAUGGUGGGCUGCUAUGAUGGUUGUCUCUACGGAUUCAAUCCGCUCACUGGCGAUAUUGUGUGGCGCGUGGAGAUUGGCGGAAUGAUCAAGGCGCAGCCUUUUCUGACAGCCGACGGGUCGCGAAUUGUGGUAUGCAGCUAUGCCGAGGAUUACAAUGUGUUUUGCCUGUCCGCCGAGCGGCAGGAAGUGCUCUGGUGCUUGAGGAUUGGCGAAAAGCCAAUAUUCGCGAGUCCCCUGGAGUUGCCCAAUGAACAGUCGCUGAUCAUCUGCAAUCUGAAUGGUGACUAUGCUCGAGUCGCACUCACCGAUGGAUCCGUGGAAUGGACGAACAAGUGCAGGGGGCCAUUAUUCGCCACUCCUGUCCUGUUGGACUCGAAGCCGAACCAUUUCCUGUGCGCCGAAGUGGCUGGACGCAUCCUUGCCUGCCAUGUGGGGAAUGGAAUGAUUAUGGCUACAUACACUGCAGAGGGAAACGUCUUCUCGUCGUUGGUUGUCAAGAAGCCACCCACACAGAUGGGCUACUCGUUUGUGAUCUUUGGCUGCAUGAAUCAUCAUGUGUAUUGCCUGCGAUGCAACACAGGAUCUGGGCGAAAACCGGUUAGCUUCGAACUCAAUUGGAAGGUCGAUACGGGAGCUCCUGUAUAUGCAACGCCCACACUACUCAUCAUCCAGCUUCUCGGUUAUCUGGUUUGGAGCUGUUCCACCGACGGCCGUGUAAUUUUAAUGAAUUUUCACAAUGGCCAGAUACGAUGGUCCACCAAGCUGCCUGGGGAAAUAUUUUCAACUUCCUGCUGUAUAGAGAGCCUCCGGCGAGUCUACGUGGGAUGUCGAGAUAAUUUUCUAUACAGCCUGGGCAUUAAUCAUUAAUUAAUUAAAUUUUUUGAAUUUAUAACAAACAUUAAAAACAUUAUUAUAAAGACUACAGCUAUUUAAAGAACACCAAAUCUGAUCAAUUACGCCAACCUAAACCUUUGAAUAUCACGCGUACUUUCAUAGCGGACAGCUUUUGAAACUAUGAAUAAGUAAACAGCAGCUACGUUCUGUCACUAACCAUACAAUAUAUAUUUUAUAUAUAAGAUUAGAUUAGAUGAGAUUAGAUUGUAUUAUAUUAAAUUGUAUUGUAUUAUAUUGUCUUUGGCGUACGACAGGCAGCUGCUGUAAGACACAAGAAUAAAUCCGACUAUUCACUGUAAUUAAAGCGCUCCAAACGGUUUUUCUUGACUUCCACACGGAUACGUGCGUGUGUUGGUUGGUUGCUUUGCUGUACUCCGUCGGUUCUGUUCUCGACUUUGUAUAAAGUAAAUAAACAAAUGGGAUAAAUUGUAAGUGAAUUUAUUGCGAAAAAAGUGCCCAAACUCGA